UAUUUAUAGAUAAUCAAAAGUAUCAAUCACUUAUCCUUAUCAUAAUCUUUGACAUUUCUGGCCAUGAAUCACAGCCAAAGUUGUGGCCCAUAGAAUACCCCAUGUAUCUAACAACUGAUUACUGAUAUCUAUAUACAUAUAUAAAUGUGUGUAUUAUAUAUUAUUAAGAUAUCGAUAUGCCGAAAGCAAAGGUGUUCUUUUUGUACAUUUUCUAUGUAAUAUCAGUUAUCAUACAGACACUCGAAACGAAAGUGCCUCUCGAAGAGGAAUAAGUUUUUGUUUUUAUAUAAUGGAAAAGACUUAUGUUACCGCGGGGCCCUUGCCCCAGCAGCAGGAGACACAUUUUGGGGCACCUCCACCAAACUAUGGACAACAGACUGCAAAUACAACAUAUUUUGUGACGGGUUCAGUGCCUCCAGUUGUGCAACCAACAACAGCAACAACAACUCGAACAAUAUUUGUAACAACUGCCCCCGCAGGACCUCCCCCACCACCACCACCAACACAAAAUGUAAAUGUAAUCAUCAAUAAUAACUCUCAAUCACAGAAGCGACAAAGGCAAAUGGUGGGCACUGCUUCCACUUUAUUUCUUUAUGGCGGCAUGGAUAUGGCACAGGGUUUGGGCUGGAGCUACUACUCCGGUUUCGAAAUAACACCUGAAUAUAACUACAGCUGGUUUAUAGGUGUCAUCAUUGGAGCAGUUGUUGCCUCAUUGUGUGUGCAGUUUUUACCCAAAACUGUUUUCUAUGUUCUUGGCAAUAUAAUGGAACUAAUCGAUGCCAUUAUCUUUGUCAGUGCUCCAUAUGAAUAUGAACCGAUAUUGGCAGCACGCUGGUUGGGUGGAGUGGGCAUUGGCCUGAUCACGGUACCAUUUCUCAUACACAGCUCAGAGGCGGCCAGUCCUAAUAAUCGUGGACUUGUCAGUGGAUCUGAACAAUUGGGCCUCAGCCUGGGCAUGGCCAUUCAAGUGAUAUAUAAUUCACAAUGGGAAUAUGAAUAUUUGAAUAUGGCUUCAAAUCGUGUACAUGGCAUCUUUGGCAUUAUAUUCUCGGCCAUUGCACUGGGCAGUCUGUCAAUGUCCGUGGAAUCGCCGACUUUCUAUAUAACCCGCAAUCAAGAGUCCAAGGGCCGUGAGUGUCAACGUAUUCUGUUGGGCGGACCUCUGUGCUCGGAUGUUUUGUUGGACUCAACCUACGGUGAGGCCAAAUUGUAUGUGGUUGAGGGAGAGUCGGAGAGCAUAGGCCAUCAAUUGGGUGCAUCGGUGAUGCCAUUCCUGAAGAUGCUGCUCUUUCGCAGUAUCGUUGCCUUUUCCUUCUCGACUCCACUGACCUGCGCUUUAUUAUGGAGUAGCUACGAGUAUUUGGGCUACAAUCACGGUUGGACCUUAUUCGUCUAUGGCUUGUUGCGUUUUGUUGGCACCGCUCUCGGUGUUGGUUUCUCCGACUGGCCGGGACGUAAGUUCACCUCGCUUUUGGGUCUAACCUGCAUGGCUGCCUUAAUGCUGGGCAUUGCUGGCAUCUAUGGCGAACCAUCGCAUCAGACUAGUUGGUAUUUCAUGACUCAGGUGAGUCAUCUUUGCAUGGCCUUUCAGAUUUUUGCUGGCUUCUAUGUUGCUACCUCAUCCGUUUAUCUGGGUGAAGCGUUUCCCAUGAAAACCAAACCUUAUUUGAUUGCCCUGAUCGUUUGCAUUGAGCAGAUUAUACACAUUAUUGUCUUGGUUAGCUUCUUGGAUGUGUUUGUCAUCGAGUUUCGUUAUUUUGUGGCUGUCGGCAUUAUCAUGGUGGUGGCACUGAUAGCCUUUGCUGUCCUAAUGCCAGAGACUCGGGGCAUGACAUUGCGGGAGGCGGGCAAAAGAUUCCGUCGCGUUCAUGAUGUUGCUGCUUAUUAGAAAAAUAAAUGAACAAAAACCACAAAAAGUA